UUGGAAAUUCCUGUCCUUCUCGUCUUGACUUCUUCAAAUUCCUUUCUUCUCGACUCUUCACAGGCUACAGCCUUCUCUCUCUCUCUCUCUCUCUCUCUCUCUCUCUCUCUCUAUCUGAGGACUUUUCUUGAUUGCGGAUUCAUACAGACUACGAGGUGAAUUUUGAGACAUUGGUUUAAUCAGGACCGUACUUGCCUGCAGUCAUCGACUAUUCACUGUGAUUCUUCAGGGUUGGAUUUAAUGGACAUCUCUCCAUCUCCACCGGAGUUCGACUACUUAUUUAAAUUACUGCUUAUUGGAGAUUCAGGUGUUGGGAAAAGCAGUCUCUUGUUGAGUUUCACUUCAGAUACAUUUGAAGACCUUUCACCAACAAUAGGUGUUGACUUUAAGGUGAAGAUGGUGACUGUUGGUGGGAAAAGGUUGAAGCUUGCAAUCUGGGAUACAGCUGGACAGGAAAGGUUCAGAACAUUAACCAGUUCAUACUAUAGAGGAGCACAAGGCAUAAUUAUGGUUUAUGAUGUGACAAGGCGUGAAACAUUUACAAACCUUUCCGAAAUAUGGGCUAAAGAAAUUGAUCUAUAUUCUACUAAUCAAGACUGCAUCAAAAUGCUUGUUGGAAAUAAAGUUGACAAGGAAAGUGAAAGGGUUGUAACUAAGAAGGAAGGAAUUGAGUUUGCAAGGGAAGCUGGAUGCCUUUUCCUUGAAUGUAGUGCAAAAACACGAGUUAACGUUGAGCAAUGCUUUGAGGAGCUUGUUCUAAAGAUAUUGGACACCCCAAGCCUCUUAGCAGAAGGUUCAUCAGGUGUAAAGCGGAAUAUUUUCAAGCAGAAACCCCAACCUGAGGCUGCCACAAGCGGCUGCUGCUGAGAUGUACUGUCCACCUGCUUCCAGUUGAUUUGUUUGUUGAUGUUGGUGAUGCGGAUGUCAGGUCUUCCCUCUCAUAUUUGUUGCUGAAACAGUAAAUUUAAAAUUCUUCAGUUGUUCUCCCUUUAAUCACUGUUUCUUCAGAAUGCAUCUGUUCAAUGCUGUAUA